UGUAGAAGCAAGCAUAUUGAUACUCAUAAUUCAAAACUUCAUACUACCAGACAAAAUUCGACAAUGGAAGAAAAUCCCAUUUUUGUGGAAGAGACCUCAUCAGAUGUUAUGUCCAUAACAAUGGAUCAUUCCGAAAAAUUCUUUGAAGAAUCCCUUGAAAAACAAAAGAUUACAGAAACAUCAACUACGACACAGUGCAAAUGUCAUAGACACCCCAAACCAAACAUCAAUAUACAGACAGAGGCACAACUUCAGGAGAAAAUCAAAGAAAUAAAGAAGGAACUGUCCAUCAACUGGAAGGAUCUUUCCUCCUAUCGCCGGAGGAAAACAAGCGUCGACGACGACCGUAUGUCUGCAAAGGGUAUUGGGAUCGUAGGUGCAGGCAUCCUUUGCGCUUUUGUCUCCAUCAUUAUUUUCAUGGAUCUGAAAACACUAGCUCACCAGGGAUCACUUCUGUGGAGAAGAGCCCUCGGAAAAAAAUGUCCGAGCUCCAAAUAGUAGUCCAUAA